AUGCACUCACUGACUCCAUUCGACAUUGACGCUGCAGACUCAGAGGCGCUCGCAUGCGCUGAGAGGAGUGACCGAGAUUCUGUGACAGGAGACGCUCACCGAGAUCGGCAUCGAACGACUGUUUCUGAGGAGAUUGAAGAGUCCGUCCACUCUGAAGAUGACUGGCAAGAGAGCUGCCCUAGUGAUCGCUUUUCGGUCUACUCAGAUGGUUCAGAGGAAAUGCUUCCUAAUCAGUGUGACGAUGACGAAGCUCAAAGUAGUGUGGUUUCGGAUGAUGAAGAAGUAAUACGGGACUACCACCCCUACCUAAGUGUUGCUACGAAAGGAAACCCGUGCGACAAAAAUGGAGAGUUUCUGCCUCAAAAUGCUGUGCCACCUCCUCGCGCACCCAGGGCCAUAGACGACUGGUCUCCAUAUAGCAGUCGCGUCGAGUUUGAGGUUGCAGAACUCCUGUAUAAGCGUGAGCAAAUGUCAGCGGGCAACAUCAACACACUACUCAAUCUAUGGGGUGCAAGCCUGGUCAAGCACGGUGACUAUGCACCCUUCACCAACACGGAGGACCUGUAUCACACAAUCGACUCCACGUCACUUGGCGACGUCAAAUGGGAGAGUUUCAGCAUGUCGUAUCAAGGGGAACUGCCUAAUGGUGAUGUACCCACCUGGAUGACGACGGAAUCAGAUGUCUGGUUCCGGAACCCGCUUGCGGUUGCUGACCAUAUCCUCGGCAAUGUUGACUUUGACGGUCAAAUGGACUAUGCACCAUUCCGCAAAUUCCAUCAUGGUGAGCGGCGAUUGAAGGACUUCAUGUCUGGUGAGUGGGCAUGGAAACAAGUGGAUAUGAUUGCAGAAAAUGAGCGAACUCAUGGCGCAGCGUUCGUACCCAUCAUUCUAGGAAGUGAUAAAACAACAGUCUCUGUGGCCACAGGACAAAAUGAGUAUUAUCCGCUCUAUAUGGGUAUAGGGAAUACUCACAACAGCGUGCGACGUGCUCAUCGAGACGCAGUAGUGCUUAUCGGAUUUCUGGCGAUUCCCAAAACUGACAAGGAACAUGCGGAUGACCCGUUAUUUCGCAAAUACCGACGACAACUCUUUCACUCAUCUCUGUCCAGAAUUCUGCGCAAUCUCAAGCCCUACAUGACCACACCGCGAGUCGUUCGAUGUGCUGAUGGCCACUUUCGGAGGGUGAUCUACGGACUGGGGCCAUAUAUUGCUGACUAUCCCGAACAAGCGCUUCUCGCAUGCAUUGUGCAGGGAUGGUGCCCAAAAUGUACAACGCGAAACAAUGAUCUUGAUGGCACCAAUGGUGGACGUCGUUCUCGCAAGCACACCGAAACUCUGGUCCGAGGGUUGGAGCUAGGAGAGCUGUGGAACGAAUAUGGUCUUGUUGGCGAUAUAGUGCCUUUCACAAACGACUUCCCCCGUGCUGAUAUUCAUGAGUUGCUCUCACCGGAUCUGCUACACCAAUUGAUCAAGGGCACAUUCAAGGACCAUCUAGUGGACUGGGUUGAACAAUACCUUGAGAUCACUCACGGGAAGUCUCGCGGGCAAGCUAUCAUGGCUGAGAUCGACCGACGUAUUGCUGCUGCACCACCAUUUUCGGGUCUGCGACGAUUUCCAGAAGGACGUGGGUUUAAACAGUGGACUGGGGAUGACUCCAAGGCACUCAUGAAGAUCUGGCUUCCUGCGAUCGCAGAUCAUGUACCUCGUGAUAUGGUCCGUGCAAUUCGCGCAUUCCUGGAGUUCUGUUACAUUGCCCGUCGUGAUAUGCACAGUUCCACGACCGUGAAAGCAUUGGAAGAAGCGCUUGAACGAUUUCAUCACUACCGAGUCAUCUUCCAGACCACAGGUGUCCGCCCAACCGGCUUCUCCCUUCCACGACAGCAUUCUCUCAUACACUAUACUCUUCUCGUAUGGAUGUAUGGUGCGCCGAAUGGACUGUGCUCAUCAAUUACUGAGUCAAUGCACAUCAGGGCUGUCAAAGAGCCAUGGCGAAGAUCAAGCCGAUUUGAGGCUCUCGGCCAAAUGUUGUUGACGAAUCAACGAUUGGACAAACUCUCUGCCUCGCGUGUUGACUUUGAAAGCCGGGGCAUGCUCAAAGGUUCUUGUUUGUCUGCUGAGGUUCAAGCAAUAUCCCGUGAAAUAGGUCAGCCACAAUUGCCAGAACUGGCUCGAAGAUUCCUGUACAGCCAGCUGCAUCCUGACGUUGUCAUAUCACAAGUCCCAGUACCGCUUGAUCGCUGUCCACAAACCCGAGAUGCCGUUUACGUCCACUACUCCGCCAAGGCUACAUUUUACGCCCCUAGUGACCCAUCGGGUCUUGGUGGGAUGCGCCGCGAGCAUAUCCGAGCAACGCCGCAGUGGCGCGGGCUGACACCGCGAUUUGAUUGCGCAUUCGUUCGCUCUAGCCCAUUUGGAGGCGGGAUAGGCGGGAGCGAUAUCAGCGUUGUGCGAAUAUUGCUCCUCACCUCAUUCAGAUACGGCGGGAUCCAUUAUCCUUGUGCGCUCGUGCGAUGGUUUCGACGUUGCGGUGAGGCGCUGGACGAGAACACCGGUAUGUGGAUUGUACAGCCAAAUCAUACAUCUGCACGCAAACCUCUGCUAUCAUUCAUUCAUGUCAGUUUGAUUAUCCGCGCUGCUCAUUUAAUACCAGUGUUUGGGACUGCUCGUGUGCCAAACAAUUUUACUGAACACCACUCGUUAGACUACUACCGAUUUUUUUAUGUAAAUAAGUUUGCUGACCAUCACGCGUUCGAACUCUUGCAUUAG